AUGCUUUCUUUCCCGCAGGACCCCCAACAAGUGCCCAUCGACAUCCAGACCAGCAAGCUGCUCGACUGGCUGGUGGACAGGAGGCACUGCAACCUGAAAUGGCAGACCCCGCUGCUGACCAUCCGCUCCAAGAUCCACGCGGCCAUUCAGGACAUGCCGGAGAGCGAGGAGUUCCGCCGGCUGCUGUCCGGCUCCCACAUUCACUACUUCCACUGCCGGAGUAUCGUGGACCUCCUGAAAGGCACCGAGGCGUCCACGAAGAACAUCUUUGGCCGCUAUUCUUCCCAGCGAAUGAAGGACUGGCAGGACAUUGUGGCCCUGUAUGAGAAGGACAACACCUAUCUGGCGGAGCUGGCCAGUCUCCUGGUGCGCAACGUCACCUACGAGAUCCCCUCGCUGAAGAAGCGGAUCUCCAAGUGCCAGCAGCUGCAGCAGGAGCUGGGCCGGAAGGAGGAAGAGUGCCAGCUCGGGGCCGCCGACAUGAGGGAGCGAUUUGACAGCUCCUGCAAGCAGUACGGCAUCACGGGAGACAACGUCCGCGGGGAGCUGAUGGCGCUGGUCGAAGACUUGCCCGGCCUGCUGGCCGAGAUCGGGGCCGGGGUUCGGGCCGGCGCGCUCCGGGAAGCCAUCGACCUCUACCAGGCCUGCGUGGGCUUCGUGUGUGACAGCCCCUCCGAGCAGGUGGUGCCCAUGCUGAGACACGUGCAGGAGCGGGGAAACAGCACCGUGUACGAGUGGAGGACCGGGACGGAGCCCACCACCGUGGAGAGACCCAAGCCCGAAAAGCCACCCGAGCCCGUGGGGGAGGAUGCGAUCGACUGGGGCGACUUCGGGACGGAGCCGACCCCCGCGGGGGGCAUCGCCACAGAGGCUGCUGGCAUCGACUGGGGCAUCUCUCUGGAGCCGGAACGCCAGGAAGCGAGCGGUGACGGAAUAGACUGGGGAGAUGCCGACUCCGCCGUGGGCCAGAUCACCGUGCUGGAAGCAGGAACCCACGCUCCGGAGGGGGUGGCCCAAGGCCCCGACGCCCUGACGCUCCUCGAAUGGCCCGAAACCCGAAGUCAGUUCAUCGAUGAGCUCAUGGAGCUGGAGAUGUUCUUGUCCCAGAGAGCCGUGGAGAUGAGCGAAGAAGCCGACAUCCUCUCGGUGAGCCAGUUCCAGCUGGCUCCCCCCUCGCUGCAGGGCCUGACCAAAGAGAAGGUGGUCGCCAUGGUGUCGGCCCUGCAGGAUGCGAUCGGCGGGCUCACCAGCCUGCGCAUGCAGCACCUGUUUAUGAUCCUGGCCUCCCCCAGGUACGUGGACCGGGUGACGGAGCUGCUCCGGCAGAAGCUGAAGCAGGCGGACCUGCUGGCUCUGAAGAAGGAGGUGAUGGGGCAGAAACGCCAGGAAGCGCUCCGGGAACAGGCCGCCCUGGAGCCCAAACUGGACCUGCUCGUAGACAAAACCAAAGAGCUGCAGAAGUUGAUCGAAGCCGACAUCUCCAGAAGGUACAGCGGGCGGCCGGUGAACCUGAUGGGCACCUCCCUGUGAGGGCCGGCCCCGUUCUUCUCCAUCUUUGGAGUCGGGGGGGCCUGUGGCUCCGGCCUCUCUCCGGGCCCGCGGGAGAGGCGGGACCGGCGGCCCGAAAGCCGGAGACGCGGAGGACUCCCACGGCGCUCUACUCUCCGUUGCCUCGGUGGAACCACGAAGAUCCAGUUGGCCACAACCCGAGGACCCCUGGUUUGGCCAAUACAGCCCCGCGGGAGGCGUUUAAUAAAGCCUCCUGCGGGCUCUGUGCACA